AUGAUGGAGAAUCAUAAAGGCGUGGCGCUCAUAGUCAUCGCCGACGCCAGUUUUGUGUUGAUGGACGGUACGGUACAGGUGUUGGAGGUUACACAUGGCGUAUCAGCUGGUCAGAUUGUGUUUUUGAGAAUGCUAAUUACCUCCUUACUCCUUUUUACCUACCUCUUGCUCACCUCCCCCUAUUCACUCAAAUCACUCAUCGCUCCCCCCUCAACGCUUUGGUGGGUCAGAGGAGGGAUAGCAGCUCUGACCAUCUCUCUCGCAUACGCUUCUUUCGCUUAUAUGCCCCUGAGUGAGAAUAUCACUUUGUUUCAUUUGAGACCUGUACCGGUAGCUUUGAUGUGUUGGUAUUUCCUCGGAGAACCUUUCACUUGGGUGCAGAGAAUCGCUACCGCCAUAUCAUUCGCCGCCGUGAUCCUCGUCGUCCAGCCUGACUUUCUCUUCGGUCCUCCAUCAUCUACCGACACACCUUCUGAAUACCCAUUCUACGCCCUAGGGGUUCUCCUUGCCACUCUCUGUAUAAUCUCCAGUUCUGUCGAUAUCUUCCUCCUUCGUAAGAUCAGCUCUGAAGCCUCUCCUGCGAUCUUGCUACUCCUCUAUGCCACAUGUACCACUUUCCUCUCCAUGAUAUGGAUUUUGGUUUCCCGGACAAUAUUCAUCUCCAUGUCUUUCGAAGCUAUUGGCUUGUUGUCCCUCGUCAUUCUCUUCGGUCUUGCCGGUCAACUGCUCGCUGUCCUCGCACUACGAAGAGAAACAGGGACGACCAUAGCAGUCUUGGGAUAUCUUCAAGUCGUUCAAUCCGUCCUUUUUCAAUGGUUGGUGAUGGGUACCACACCUUCCCUCAUCACGACUAUAGGUAUGGUGGUGAUUGUCGUUGCGGGAGUAUGGAGUGUGCUCAAAGGGAGUCCCAUAGUCGAUCAACCAGAAAGGGAAGUAUCAAAUCCAGGUGACGCCACGACGCCACUCCUACAACGGGGCACAAGUGAUACUCACCAUCUUCUGAAUCAUCCAUACGCCGGUGUCGCCCUGGUCUUACUUGCCAACUCUUUCUUCGUCUUGAUGGAUGGGACGGUUCAAAGGUUGGAAGUAGGAUACGGAGUGUCGGCUAUAGAGAUUGCAUUUUUAAGGAUGUUUUUCACGGGCAUAGCGACAUUCAUCUAUCUCGUCUAUAACGAGUCAAACUCUCUCAUGGCCAUCCUAAAACCGAAUUCGAUUAUCUGGUGGACCCGUGGGGCCGUAAAUUCCUCUUCACUCAUUUUGGCUUAUACGGCUUUAGCCCAUAUGCCAUUGAGCGAUUUUAUAACUUUAUUUCAUUUACGACCUAUCCCUGUGGCAUUGUUAUGCUCGAUUUUCCUCCAUGAGGCUUUCACUUGGGUACAAGGAUGUGCGACUGUAAUCUCAUUCGGAGCUGUAAUAUUGAUCGUUCAACCGGAAAUGAUCUUCGGUCAACCUUCCACCUCAUCUACACCGUUCUCUCAACUUGAACAGACGGAAACAAUAGGAGAAACGAAUGAUUCUUUUCAUCCCAUAUAUGUAUUAGGGGUUUUGUUCACUUUAUCUAGUACUCUUUUCAGUUCGGUAGAUGUUAUGCUCCUCCGUAAGAUAGGUAAACAAACUUCCCCCAUGAUCCUCUUACUUCUAUAUGCCAUCUGCAACACCGUUUUGGCAACUCUAUGGAUGAUAGCAAGUCGUACCGUACCCAGAUGGCUCCCACUUCCCGCUCUGCUUUUGUUGAUUGUCGUCAGUAUGGCCGGGCUCGCAGCUCAGCUAUGUACCGUAUUAGCUACUCAACGUGAAACCGGAUCUCGGGUUGCCAUCUUAGGGUAUUUGCAAGUCGUCCCAGCUGUGUUUUUUCAAAUCGCCGUUGGAGGUUCUUUCCCUUCUCUUUCAGGGAUCGUGGGAAUGUUGUUGAUCAUUGGUGCAGGUACAUGGAGUGUGGUAGGUGUCGAAACUCAUUCUGGACCCAGUGUCAUUUCAUUGUUGUUCAACCUAAAUCCCCAUCAUUCUCAAGCCCCCUGA